AUGACACAACCAUCUAGACGUAAUGAUAUGUCUCGUCUCCAGCAAUUUGAUGCUGGAGAACAGUACUCAAUUGUAGACAUUGUAGGCGAAGGUGCUUAUGGUGUAGUUUGUUCUGCUGUUCACAAACCUACCGGGCAAACAGUGGCAAUUAAGCGAAUUCUUCCAUUUGACCAUGCUAUGUUUUGCCUUCGUACUCUCCGCGAAAUCAAACUACUCAAAUACUUUAAUCAUGAGAAUAUUAUAUCGAUUCUUGACAUUGUCAAACCAAAAUCUUAUGAUGAGUUUACCGAAGUAUAUCUUAUUCAGGAACUCAUGGAGACCGACCUGCACAGAGUCAUCCGCACGCAGGACUUGUCGGAUGACCAUUGCCAGUACUUUACUUACCAAACAUUGCGUGCCUUAAAGGCAAUGCACUCGGCAAAUGUACUUCAUCGUGAUCUUAAACCCAGUAACCUUUUGUUGAACGCCAACUGUGACCUCAAGAUCUGUGAUCUUGGUUUGGCCCGGUCAGCCAACUCUGCUGACGAGAACAGUGGAUUUAUGACUGAAUAUGUAGCUACUCGCUGGUACAGAGCACCUGAAAUCAUGUUGACUUUCAAAGAAUACACAAAGGCCAUUGAUGUGUGGUCUGUGGGCUGUAUUCUGGCCGAGAUGUUGAGUGGGAAACCACUGUUCCCCGGUCGUGACUACCAUCAUCAGCUCACCCUAAUUCUCGAUGUACUCGGUACACCUACAAUGGAUGACUUUUAUGGCAUCAAGAGUCGAGGCGCCCGUGAUUACAUUAGAAGUCUUCCGUUCAAGAAGCGAAUCCCGUUUGCACGACUUUUCCCAGAAGCAAGUGCACAAGCUGUUGAUCUUCUGGAGAAGCUAUUAUCAUUCAAUCCAGACCGUCGUAUUACGGUUGAAGAGGCAUUGAAACACCCAUACCUUGAAGCAUACCAUGAUCCUGAUGAUGAACCCAACGCAACACCAAUCCACGAAAGCUUUUUUGACUUUGACAAGUACAAGGAUCAGCUGACAAAAGAGCAAUUGAAACGUAAGUUUUUUUUUCACAUUAUAAAAAGAAAGAAAGAGAGGUUGACUCAAAAUAUAUAUAUAAAUAUGUAUAUAACAGAGAUGCUAUACGAAGAGAUUACUCAAUAA